AAAAUUAACAUUAAGCUAUUAAUAAUCGCCCAUAAAUAUCGGAUUAUCCUUUCAAAUCUCUCUUCUUUGGAGGAGAAGAAGAGGAAAGAAAUGAACCAUUUCUUCCUCAUCUUCUUCCAAUGCCACUUUCUUUGGUGAAUCCAAUCGCGCAGUUCUCGGGUAUCGAUUGACGGAAGGAUUGCAAGAUGGGGAGCGAGGAAAUGGCGGAGGAGAAGUUCCUGGUUUCCGUCAGGCUGAGGCCGAUCAACGCCAAGGAGAUCGAGAAGAAUGACCCCGCGGAUUGGGAUUGCGUCGACGGUACAUCCGUCGUCUUCAAACCCUACCUCCCAGAGAGAUCGCUGUAUCCCUCGUCUUACACAUUUGAUAGAGUGUUUGGAUGCGCAUGUGACACAAGGCAAGUGUAUGAUGAAGGUGCCAAGGAAGUAGCUCUUUCAGUUCUCCAUGGAAUCAAUGCAAGUAUAUUCGCGUAUGGACAAACAAGCAGUGGCAAAACUUACACAAUGUGUGGAAUAACUGCUCAUACUGUGGAUGACAUCUACGAUUACAUCAGAAGGCAUGGGGAUCGAGAAUACGUGUUGAAAUUCUCGGCGAUAGAGAUAUACAACGAAGCAGUGAGAGAUCUCCUGAUUGCAGACAGUCUUCCUCUUAGACUUCUUGAUGAUCCAGAGAGAGGAACUGUUGUAGAUAAACUUACAGAGGAAACACUGAGGGACCAAUGGCAUCUCAAUGAUCUUCUUGCAAUCUGUGCAGCACAAAGGCAAGUUGGAGAGACAAGUUUGAAUGAGAUGAGCUCUCGAUCUCAUCAGAUACUGAGAUUGACUGUUCAAAGCACUGCUCGUGAAUUUACGAGUAAAGACAGUUCAAGUACCCUUUUAGCUUCUGUGAAUUUUGUAGAUUUAGCAGGAAGUGAACGGGCAGCGUCUCAAGUGUCAUCUGCGAGUAAUCGGAUAAAAGAAGGUUGCCACAUCAAUAGAAGCUUGCUUACACUUGGAACUGUCAUUCGCAAACUAAGUAAAGGGAGAAGUGGUCACAUUCCAUUUAGAGAUUCCAAGUUGACGCGCAUACUGCAACCUUACUUAGGCGGCAAUGCAAGAACUGCCAUAAUCUGCACAAUGAGCCCUGCAAGGAGCCACAUCGAGCAAUCCAGGAACACCCUUUUGUUUGCAAGCUGUGCCAAACAAGUAGUCACCAAUGCAAAAGUCAAUGUGAUGAUGUCCGAUAAGGCAUUUAUGAAGCACCUGCAGAGAGAGAUUUCUAGGUUGGAGAACGAACUAAGACAUGCAGGAUUUAGUACACCCAACGAUCAUUCUGAUGUUCUUCAAGAUAAAGAUGCUCAGAUUAAGAAGAUGGAAUGCAAAAUCAAGGAACUGAUGCUGCAAAGAGACUUUGCUCAAUCUCGGCUUAAUGAUCUGCUUCAAGCUGUAGUGGAUGAACAAUCAAGACAAUGGGAAGAAUCCACUCAGGCAUCAUAUUUGCAUGCACGCAGUAACAGCGAUGAUACAUUUUCGAUCUCUGGUCUCUCUGGCAUUGACUACCAAAACCCACAAAUCGGCAACUUGAGAUGUAAUGCACAAGUACAAGUUAAUAAGUUCAGUUACCACGAGCCUUUGGAUGAUCAACUUCCACCCAGUAGAACAAUUAGCAAUCCUGCCUUAAAUGAACUUACCCUGCACCAGACCAAAGAGGGUAUCAUCGAAGAAGAUUCUGAAGAGCACUGCAAGGAAGUUCGGUGCGUCGAGAUACAUGCCUUGAGUGAUGGAAGAGCUAAUGAGUUUAAUCCUCUGAAUGCUGAAAGGGAGGGCUUGGUUACACCGACUGAGGAUACACUCGAAAAAUUUUCACCACAAUACGCAGGAUGUAUAGAUUGUGUAAAUAGGGCAGAUGAGAAUUUGAACAAGCUGGGAGCUGAUGAAUUUUCUCAAUCAAAUCCAGUGAAAAAAGUCAUAAGCACCCGAGAAUCGAUACUAACUAGAAGUAACAGUUGCAUGGCAAGUUUGAUGAACAAUUCAGUCUUCUCUUUGCUCGAAGAUGCUGAUCAAGACCAUGAGACAACACCUAAAUUUUUGUCAAAGGGGAUUUCUGGAAUGCCGAAGGGAGUUGGAUGCAGACUCAGUAUAUUUUCUGAUUGGAUAGAAGAAUCUAAGGCUUCUGAAAAAGUGCUUCUCAGUAACAUGGCUAAGACUGCAGAUGUUGACGAAAUUGUUCAAAAAGAGAUUGAUGCUAAUGUUAUUUCUACAGAAGUGAAGAAUGUCGUUGAUGGCAAUAAUGAGCAACCACUCUUUGCUGAUCAGGAAACUCAACGGCACCAAUUGGAAACCAUUGGAAGUGAGGAGAAACAAAAGGAUGGACUCAAUGCAAUUCCAUGUUCUCCGGAGUCUCCUUUGCAAUGGCAAUUGGAGUUCCUUAGAAAGCAAGAGGAGAUCAUCCAGCUGUGGCACGCAUGCCAUGUCUCCUUGGUGCACAGAAGUUGCUUCUUCCUACUCUUCAAAGGCGACACAACCGAUUCCUUUUACAUGGAAGUAGAAUGCAGAAGGUUGUCCCUUCUCAAGAACAUUUUCUCCCAUAGAAAUGCUAGUGGCAUAGUAGCUGAAGAUGGCAGCCGAUUAAACCCUUCUUCAAGCAUGAGAUAUCUUCGUCAGGAGAGGUAUAGGCUAUGCAAGCUGAUUGGGAAGGUAUUCUCUCCUCAAGAAAGGGAGAGCCUUUAUGCUAAGUGGGGAAUAAGCUUGAACUCCAAGAAGAGGAGAAUACAACUAUCACAGCUCAUGUGGACUGAAACUGAUAUCGAACACGUAAAGGAGAGUGCAUCACUCGUUGCAAAGCUUGUCGGCUUUGUGGAGCAAGGAGAAGAGACCAUGAAAGAGAUGUUUGGGCUCAAUUUCGCAGUACAGCAGACUCACAAAAGAUCCUUCAGCUGGAUGCAAUGGUAGUCUUCAAUUGUAUAUCUUGGCGUAUGGAUCGACCACAACCAGUGAAUUCUUUGUAUCCUUUUCCUGUCAAUAUUGUUCCAAAAAAGAUUGAUGUAAUGCGCCAACAGUGAGUUUGUAGCGAACCAACAGAGGAGCAAGUUUUUUCUUGCUCCUGUAUUAAUUGCCACAUGCUAAUGCUAGCAAUAGAGUGGGCCUUGUAGCUUUUGUCAUUAAUCAAUAAACAUAUGUACUUAAAUUUUAUAUAUUCUAUCUUUAUUGAGUGUAA